AAAAAGAAUCUAAAAUCAAACAUAAAUAGAUUAAAAUCCUUGGAUUUAGCAUGGAAACUACGAUAUCUUUGCAGAGUUCCAGAAGGAAUGCCUAGCCCUAAACAAAAAAGGAAGCUGCAAGGCAAAGACAUCACUAGAAUGCCUAAGUGGCAAGGUUCAAGAGGUAACUCAAGCCCAACAGUUACCCUUCAGAUAAUGGAAAACCAAUAGGAAAGAGCAUAGACUAUUGCAGGUAAAAUGUAAGAUGGAAACUGGAAGGGUUAAGAGAGAACAAUUAACCGAAGACAUGAAAACCAAUUAGAAUAAAUUGGCUCUGGACAAAAGACUAGAGGUUGAGGAUAGUUCCCUUGAUUACAAGUCUUCUGAGGGAGCUGUUCUCCAAGGAAAGGGUUCCUCCUACUACUUUCCCACCUUUUGUUGCAGGACUCUCUGUGGGAACAGUAUAUAAAUCUCAGUAAUUCCAGCUCCUGAAUGUUACUAAUCCCAAAUCUCCCAAUGGAGCCUCUACCAUGAUUUCUUCUUUUACGUUUGCAGUGUUUGAGCUGCAGAGAGCAAACACAAUGUUUUAGGGUCCCAGUCUGAUCUGCUCCAUUAGGCAAAACUGAUAUGCUCCGUCAGGCAAAAUCACCUGGAUAUUCAAUAUUGAUGUAGGGUCUAGGACUGCUUUUAGCUAUCUUCAUUACAAAAAGGGCAUCUGCUCCAUUGCUUUAGCUUUCACAGGUCUUUAAUUGAGGAUGCUACAUUUUGUUUGUUCGGAGAUCUUCUACUAAAUCAUCUUGCCCAUUUCCUGGCUCCAACAGAUGAAACUUUCCCUGGCAUUUGUGCAUUGCCACGGCUGUCUGCCCGGCAGACCUGGUUACAAGAGCCAGAGGGAUGGUGGUAGUCACAGGGCAGAACAAAGCCAGUGGAAAUCUGGACGAUGCCAUGUCGAGUUCAGAUGCAGAGGAUGAUUUCCAAGACCCUGCCACUCCUACUGCAACUCAGGCAGGGCACUUGCUGCCUCAGCAGUUCCCAGAAGUUGUUCCGCUUAAUGUAGGAGGCAUGUAUUUCACUACCAGGCUGUCAACACUAAGACGCUGUGAAGAUACCAUGUUGGCUGCUAUGUUUAGUGGAAGACACUACAUUCCAACAGAUGCUCAAGGCAGAUAUUUUAUUGACAGAGAUGGAACUUAUUUUGGAGACAUACUUAACUUUCUGCGAUCUGGUGACCUGCCUCCGAGAGAACGGGUGAGGUCAGUUUACAAGGAAGCUCAAUAUUAUUCCAUAGGACCAUUGCUGGACAAUCUAGAGGAAGUCCAGCCUCUUAAAGGAGAAAAAGUUAGACAAGCUUUCUUGGGCUUAAUGCCAUAUUACAAAGAACACUUGGAACGGAUAAUUGAAAUAGCUAAGCUUAGAGCCAUGCAGAGAAAAGCAAGAUUUGCAAAGUUGAAGAUCUGUGUUUUCAAGGAAGAAAUGCCCAUCACCCCAUAUGAGUGUCCACUUUUCAACUCUCUACGUUUUGAAAGAAGUGAAAGUGAGACAAAACUGUUUGAACAUCACUGUGAAGUAGAUGUAUCUUUUGGCCCCUGGGAGGCUGUAGCUGAUGUAUACGAUCUUCUGCAUUGUAUUGUGACAGACCUGUCAGACAAGGGAAUUGCUGUGGAUCAUCAGUGCAUUGGUGUGUGUGAUAAACAUCUGAUAAACCAUUAUUACUGCAAGCGCCCCAUCUAUGAAUUCAAGAUUACUUGGUGCUGGAAAUGUGUCCUUUGGCAUGUCAUCAACACCUGAAAGCAGACUUUCGCUGAUUAGAAGAAGGUGAAAGAGAACACGGGAGGACAUGUUCACCGGGAUAAUGAACACCUCCGGGACAGCUGAGACAGAGCUGAGAGCGUGGAGGAUUUAACUAUCUGAGAAGUUAGACGUGAACAUGAAGAGCAGGAAAGCUUCCAGUGAGCAAGAGUGUGCGGUGCAGGAUGAGAUGCUUUGGAUUAUGAGGGACCAAUCAGACAUGUUGAGGCAUCUGGUUGAACUACAGGAACAGAAGCAGGAGGGUACAGUCCCUCUGCAGACUCUGGUGGACAGCCAGCCAAUAUCGCCUGGCACAGACUCACCCUCCGCCAAGCGUUCCAUUAAUCAUGGGAGAAAAGUCCAUUAUCCCUUUCACUUACCUCAGGAGGAGGGUACAAGGAACAGAAGGUGCUCGUUCACAGAUCUUUAAUGGUCUAGAAUGCAGUGUUAUGUUAAACAGCUAAAAAUUUUACUCCUGUUCCAACUUUACAACCCCUUUUCCCCAAGGCUAACUUUUUUUUCUGUUUUCCAUCUUUACUUAUGUUUGUUAAAUAAAGUAAAUGGAUUUGAGAAAUACAUGUUCUUUAUUGAGUAGAAGGAGUGGAUGGGGGGUUGGCUUUGCAGGGACAGUGAUGCAAGGCAGAUGAAGGUUUGGGAAAGCACAGUGCAGACAAGCAGCUCACAUUACUGUGCCUCAUUAUUGAAACGGAUUUUCAAAGCCUCGUGGAUACGCAGCACCCCUUGCUGUGCUCUUCUUAUUGGUGUGUGGCUCUUCAAAAAUGGCUGCCAUGCAAUCUGCCUCAACUGUCCACCCCUGCGGAAAAUUUCCCCUCCUUUUUCCCCCACAGAUAUUAUGGAGCACACAAAAGGCAGCUAUAACCAUGGGGAUGUUCUCUUCACUAAGGUCCAACCUGGUUAGUAAACUUCUCUAGUGCCCUUUUAAACGACCAAAGGCACAUUCAACCUCCAUUCUGCACUUGCUGAGCCUAUAGCUGAACUGUUUCUUACUGCUGUCCAGACAGCCGGUGUAUGACUUCAUGAGCCAUGGGAGAAAGGGGUAGGCUGGCUCCCCCAGGAUAACUAUAGGCAUCUCAGUGUCGGUUUAUAUACUCUCUGGCAAGGUGGUCUGGUUCCAAGAUGGGAAUAUGCAUGCCAUCUAUCGCCCCAUUGCAAUUAGGGAACCCCAUCACGGCAAAACCAUCCACUAUGUCCUGCACAUUUCCCAGACUCACUACCCUUCGUAGCAGAAGUCGAUUAAUAGUCCUGCACACGUGGAACACAGCAGCUCCCACGGUUGAUUUUACCUACUCCAAAUUGUUUCUGCACUGACCGGUAACUGUCUGGCAUUGCAAGCUUCCAAACAGCAAUCGCCACUUGCUUCUCCACUGUCAGAGCAGCUCUCCUUUUUGUGUUGCUGAACUGCAGGGCAGGGGAAAGCUCUGCACAAAGUUCCUGGAAGGUGGUCUUCUGCAUUUGAAAGUUCGGCAGCCACUGCUCGUCGUCCCAUACCUGCAAAACGAUGCAUUUCCACCAGUCGGUGCUUGUUUCACGGGACCAGAAACAGUGCUCAACAGAGUGUAGCUGCUCUGUGACUGCCAGCACCAACUGUGAAUUUUUUUUUAUUUUAUUUUUUUAAAAAUUUUCAGUGGCUUGCAGCAGGGCUGCUUGCAGGACAUCGCGAUGUUCCGCGUGGCGGACCCUACUUCAGCUCUGGAAAUACUGCAGGCAGAGGCGUGAGGUUUUUGAGAUGCUCCCAGCAAGAGUGCACAACUAAGCAGGCUCCAUGCUUCUGGGGUUAUGGCUUACGCGUGGCAGUUUUAAGGUGUGAAAACCGCUGGGUUGUUUGCCAUUGAUAUGAGGGAGGGAGGACGGUGCAUCAUGGGAUGCCGAUGCACUGUUCCCAUUCUCCCGUGCAACAUUUUGGUCCCAUGAGGCAUUGCACAAAAUUCCCAAAACACACUGUUGCAAGUUGCACUUUGGGAUAGCUCCCCACAGUGCACUGCUUUGUGCAUCGAUGUAGGCGCUGCUAGUGAGGGCGCACUCCAUCGGGACAAUGAGCAUGGUGUGGCCACACACAAUUGACUUAAUUCGGAGGCUUGAGGUUGAAUUAGACAAAGUGACUUAAAUUUUGUAGCGUAGACAAGCCCUAAGUUGAGUGAAGACUUGAAUGAGUUCUUCACUUGUCAGCUGGCUCCUCAACUUUGGUCCCUUUGUAGGGAAAGGGAUCCUUAAGCCACAGACAGAACUUUUUACUAAACAGCCUCCUUCGGAUCCAAAAUACGAAACUUAUGAGCCUAAGCUUCUUGUUAGGAGAAAUGCUUUAUUUAAUGACUAAGUAGUCAUCAUGAACUGGGUAGUUCAGUGGUGCUUGCCCAAUUCUCAUGUCUUUGUAUAAAUGGAACAUUGCUGUGGUCUGAGUUUCAGCAUUGUUGACAGAAAUGGGAAUCUCAGCUGCAGUGAUUAAAAGCAUACUUUUGGGCUUGACUAUCUUCUGAUCACAUUUUAGAAAUUUCCAAGAGAAGCUAUGAUGGGGAUUUUGUUCUUUUUGAUCAUGUUUAUUUUAUGAGGUAAUAUUCUGGCAUUAACAUUUGUGCCAGUAGAUUACAUGCCAACUUAUUCUGGUUCACUAUAUUAAAAAGAAAUGGACAGGAGGAAGAAAAACUUGUUCUUGUAUCAUUUGUAUCUUAAUUAAAGCCCUACCACAUUCUCUACCAGACAUUGAAAACUUUAAGUCCAGUUUAAAGAAAAGCCCAGACAUAAGAACCAUUGUGCUUUCAUUAUGAGCAUACUUUCUGUGUCUUGUGAUUUUAAUUUGUGAGAGUUGACAAUAUUGCUAUUGGCUGGACUUGUUCUAAACAAAAUCUUUUACCGUGAUUUAGAUGUUGUUACUGCCUAAUAUGUGUUCAUUUUUUGACAGAAACUGAGAAGAAUUGUGCAGGAGGAUGUCAGGGGAGUAUACUCCGAUAACUGCUUUAAAUAACUUUAUUGACUUAACUUUUCUUGGCAGAUACCAUCACAUUUUGCAAGUUCUAAAUUUGAAAAAUAAAACAAAACAAAACACUGAUCAGCUAACCCUCAUAUAUAUUUAAUGAAUGAUGUGUAGUUGUAUAAUGACUCCAGACAUCUGCAUAACACUGAAUUUUUUUCAAUGACUUUAGAACCUUUCUUAGGGCUUAUACCCAGGCACAUCCAGGAAAAUUCAUCCAGAUAAUUAAAGGUGUGAUUUUAAAGUGGAUUAGUUAAACUUCAUUAAAUCUCUUUGUGGGCGCUGUUAUUCAGAAUUAAAGUGGCCUUAAUUCAAUUUAGUUUAGUUAACUUCCAAACUGAAUUAAGGCCAUUGCAAGUUUUGAAUGAAGAGGUUCUUGCAGGAUUUUAAUUUGGUUUAACUAGUCCACUUCAUAUUCACAAUUUUAGCUAAUUCAAAUUAAUUUUUCCUGGAUGUCCCUGUGUAGACAAGCCAUUAGUUAAACACUCUGUCUCUAUUCAGUUAUGUCCCUGCACAUCUCUCCGCCUAUCUGCCUAUUUCUCUAUCUCUGCCUAGUCUAAAGGCAGGUCUACACUAGGAACUUACAUCUGUAUAGCUACAUCUCUCAGGGUAUGAAAAAUCCACACCCCUGAGAAACAUACUAACCUAACUCCAGGAUAGAUAGCGGUAGAAGAAUUCUUCUGUUGACCUAGCUACUGCCUCUUGGGGAGGUGGGUUACCUAUGCCAUCGGUGUAGGUAGUGUCUAAACUGAAGUGCUGUUGCAGUGCAGCUGCAGCAUUAAAGUGUAGACAUUGAGUAUUUAUACCACUCUGUCACUGCAGUAUCUGAACACUUGUAAGGUAUAUUUCCUGUGCAGAAUCUCUCGCUUAUCUGGAUAAACAUCAGGGCCUCUGUUCCAUUCUGAUAAAUGGAUCAUGUGAUUGUUUCAUGUCAUCAACAUCGUUUUGUUAUGAAUGUCAUGCUGCCCUGCCUGUUGUCAGAGGAAUGGUAAGUGCAGCCUGUUUAGCCCCCAAAUGUACAUACCUAGAAGUAUGGUGCAUCUUUCGCAGCAUCUUUGGAGAGGACGACUAUCAUUUUUUCGUUCUCCAGUGAUGCCGAAGGGAACCUGCUAACAGUGAGUGGAAUAUUUCAUGUAAACCUUCCAAUUGUUUUCAGUGUGCAAAUUGCAAAAGCUGGAUUACAGUGAAAUCUCUGCUAAUUGUGAUGACUUAGGGGAGAGAAAUUGUUAAGAACUGAGUUCUGUUUAAUUAUUUUUUAGGUUGCUGCAUGCUCAAAUAUUUGCAUUAAAAUUAUUAGCCUCUUAAAAACCUCUGUAUAUGCAUUGGCUAGUGGUUUGAACAGAGCAAAGAGACCUGGAUCCUGUUAUUGGUUUUCCAGCUGACUUGUUGUGUGGCCUUGGGCAAGUUGCUUAACCUCUUCGUGCUCCAGUUUCACAUCUGUAAAAAGGGAAUAACGAUACCUCCUCAUCUUUGUGACGUACUUUGAGAGCUUAAUAUUAAAAGUGCGAAGUGGUACAUUUUAAAAUGUUAUAUCUAUGAAAGGCACCCGCCAGGAAUGGGAUGAGGUUUAUUUUACUUUAAGGAAGGUAUGUUUUAGUGUCCCAACUAGUUGACAAUCGCUUCUUGAAAGGUAACUACAGAUUCGUAGGACCUAAGAAUGUAACAAAACGAGACAAUGAGCCUUCCUUGUGCUGCUCAUAAUGGCCCUUUUUGCCUAUAUACCACAAUACUACAUGAGGGUUGCCUGGCUAUGAUACAGAGCAGAACACAUUCGCUGUAUAGGCAGCUAAAUAGUGGAUUAAAAUAGGUGGUAAUUAAUAGUUGGAAUUUUUUGGGACAUAAAUUAUACAUUUUGUCUCAUGGGUGUAGAGAUUUUGUUCCCCUGGUGCUGGCAUCUUUGUUGAUUAAUGAUGCAGACUGGCUAACAGCCACUGGCACAGUUUACUUCUUUCCCUCCGCCCUUCUGUGUUCCUGUUUUUCCUUUGAGACCCUUGAUUUGUUUUUGUAAACUGUUUUGAAACCUAGUUCCUGAUCUGUUCUUUACACUCAACAUAGCAUGUAACUUUUUUUUUUAAGUAUUGCCAAUGGUAGAAGCAAUUAAGAUUCAGAUUUGCACAGCAAAAAUGUUCUGGAGUCGCCCUGACAGAUUGUGUAGAAAUGUAGGGAGUCUAUCAGGGGAAUACUGUACAAUCUAGUAACAACAAAGAAUGAAUUCAUUAACCUGAAAGCUGUAGGUAGGCAUCUUUUCUUACUUUGGCUUUCCCGGCUUCAAGCACUCACUGGAGCGGAGACUAGCGCAGGGGCUUGGGGACGCUCUUGGCAGACACUCAGGGAGGACGUUUAUAAUUUAUUUUUUCCACAGGGGACACCUAUGAACCCUAAAGCCCUCCACAUAGCCAGCAUAGUGUUGUGUGUGAAAGAUAUUUCAAUGUAUCUAAACUGAGCUGCACAAAAAUCCACAGUAAAUGGUGUGUACAUUUGUUUGAGGGCAUAAAUGAAGAAUGGUGCAUUGACCGUAAUUUUGUAUUUCUAGACUUCUUAUCUUUCUUUUAUUUAACACAGUUAUUAUAUACUAGGUCUUUUCUAUAAAUAUUUAGCUGGGUCAUUGAGAAUGAGCAGAAGUAUCAAUUUACAUUUGCAGUGUAAUUCAAAAGGGGGUAAAUGUGUCUAAAAUGUAUUUCAUGUAGGCCCCAGUCCAGCAAACAAGCCUAUAAACUUUGAUGGGAUAUAUUUGACAUUAAGAACGUGUUUAAAUGCUUUGCUGGAUCAGACUCAGACUGAAUUUUAAAUGUGCUAUUGUGACUUUUAAAUAUGUAGUUCUUAGAGCCUGGUAUGGACAUUUCGAGGUCUCUUCUUUCUACACAUGCAUUACUCCUGUUACUGUCAGUGGGAAUUGUGCGUGUAAAAUAAUUAAAAUACAUAGCCCUGAGUAGUGGUGUUUAACCUUCAAAGCAGUUUACAAAUAUUGACAACUGAAUUCUCACAAUAGCCGUUUCAUGUCACGAGCUAGCCUUUCUGUUUUACAGAUAGGGCAACUGAGUCAGGUAGAUUAAAUGACUUGUCCAAGUCCACAGAUCGUGUUUGAGCUGGAGUGAGCAUGCAGGAUAUCCUGGUUCCCUAUCCUUGUGCUCAUACCUAUCCCUAGACUAUAGACUAUCCCUAGUUUAUUUAAAUUGCUUGUGUAUGUCAACAUUAUUUGAAAUCUUGAUCACUGACUUUCUUCAGUAACAGUUUUCCUUUUGAACGUAGUUAGCCAAGAUAUGCUGCAGAAACUGAACAUUCUGUAUCCUAAUGUAUGUGUGUUUGGCUGGUACAGACACUUAAAAUAUUCCAUAUAUGGUCAAUUGUAAAAUAUAGUUCAACUAAUCAUCCAUUCUGGAGUCUCAGAAGAUUCAAAUGCGUGGAACAGACGAGCAUGUGGAUAUUUGGGACUAAUUGGAUUAAUGCUAACCCAUGAAAAUGAUUGUGAACACUUGCCAGGGGAAUGCUUUUUAGAGCAUGUCUCUCCUGUGUUUAGGAAUGUUAUGUGUGGAAAACUUCCAUUGAAUUAAGUAAUUCUAUCAAGAUCAUCAGCAAUUGGUUUCUGGAUUCUUGCAGUGAGGUUUGCUUUAGCUUAUAUGCUCUUCCUCCCCCCCCCCCCCCUUUUAGACAAAUAGGCAUAACCUGAAAGCAUUCCAACAAAUACAAAGUUCAGUCUGUUAUUUACAGGAACUCUUCCUUGAUUCUUAAUAAGCAAGUCCCUAAAGAGGAUCUAACCAUGUACUUGGCAAUCUAAUUGAAAUGUAUUUCGACAAACCUUUGCUUAGAAUGACGAUUGAUUAAACCGCAAGACAUAGCAGUCAGCAUAGUGGAGCUGGGUAAUACAAGUCCUUGAAAGUAAGAGCCAAAGCCUCCUGUGUAUCCAAGGAUGCAUUAAUUUUACUGAAUACACAGCCUGGCUAGCUUUAGUGCCAUUUGAACACAGACACUUUGCUAAACUCAAAGGGUUAGUGGUACUUUAAGGUUAUUUUUUUAAAUGGUUACUGUGUUAAACAGUAAUAAAUCAAAUUUUACUGAAACUUUUGGGGGCAAAUUAUCCUGAUUUAUACCCUGUAAAAGUCAUGGCAGAAAUUGACCAGUUUUCUUGUUUACGGUUUCCAAUAUAUUUUUAUGCUUCAUGACUGAAUAUCUGUGUUCUGAUGUAUUUUUCUAUAAUGCAUCCUUCCCAGUGCUUUUAGCAUGCACUUUUUAUUAAAAAAACCUUUCCAGUUCCAGUGUUUGUAUUUCAUAACUUAUUUCCCCACUCUAGUUAUGAAUGACAAUUUCAGUGAGAUACUGCUCCCCUCCUCCCCCCUUCCAGUUUUCCAGCUUUAAGAGGCAUAAGGAGAUCAAGUGACUAGCCUGAGGACACACAUGGAGGUAAUGACUGUGACUGGAUUCUUCCUUGUUCCCUGCUCUUUGUUCUAACCUCUAAAUCAUACAUAUGUAGUCUACUUAAAUGCUCUAGUUUAGAAAGUUUAUCUUGUAUGCAGGAGUUUCAAUAUCUACAGUGAGAGCCAGAAUACACCUUAAUUAAAAAAAAUCCUUGGAAGUUAUCGGUUGGCAGUUGCUAUAGAAACACUGAAGAGGUGUCCUUGAGUCAAACAGUGUCAUCUUAUUUCUGUUGCGUCUCCCUUUAUUUCACCACUCUCCUUUUACUCCCCAUAGAGCAUUAGUAAUUUUUUAAAAGUAACAUCAGUUUACACAUAAGCGAGUUCAUAGUUUUUGCAGGUUGUUUUUAGUAACGUAAAGAAGUUAGGCCAAGGAUGCCCAUACUUUGGGAUUCUGAGGGGCUUACUGGUGGACUUGCCAGAUCCUGAGGACUACAUCAUAUGUGUGUGUCUCUUCCUGUUGUUGUUCAUCUUAAAUUAGGACUUGAUUCUAUAAACAUGGUGGCAGGUCAUGAUCUUUUGGCCUCAGUCAGCAAUAGUGGUCAACGAGGCACAUUCUUCCCCCAGCUUUAUCUUCACAGGUCACCCUGGCUUAUGGAUGACCUGGGGAAAAUGACGUGAUAGGGAAGACAGAUGCACUGGUGGUGAAAGUCUCAUGCCAAAGCUGAUAGUUUGCAUCAUUCAGACUUUUUGAAUUCUCAUGCUGUGGUAGUGCCGGAGGCAAAGAAAUGUUUGUCUCCAUCAUAGCAUCUGUGAAGUCUGUCGGUGGAUCUGUUCCUGGUGGUGGAUAGCUUGGCUAAUCUGGGUUGUCUGCACCUGGUUGCCAAUGUGAGUCUCUUCUGUUGUAAGGUUUCAGAGUAGCAGCUGUGUCAGUCUGUAUCUGCAAAAAUAAAAGGAGGACUUGUGGCACCUUAGAGACUAACAAAUUUAUUUGAGCAUAAGCUUUCGUGAGCUACAGCUUACUUCAUCAGAUGCAUUCAGUAGAAAGGUAGUGCAGGUUAGUUUUGGGGGUGAAAUGGAUCAGAUUUAGACUGAACUAUGUCCAUGGAGGCAGGGUUUCCCCUGCUUGAGUUUCAGCCAAGGUCGCUUAGAGUUUGUGGAUGUGUUGGAAGAACUUCAUGCCAUAUCCUGUGCUUAGGAUCCUUGUGCUUCCUGGGUGGCAAAGCUCAGUGCAGAAGUACUGGGUCAUACAACUGAUCAUCAGCCAGAAAGGGCAAUGAUACAAAACACAGAAUAUAGCAUGAAGUUCUCCCAACACAUCCAGAGCCUCUGUGAGCUAGUGCCCGGGACACUUUGGACACAGGUGGCUUUAAGUAAUCACUGGAAGUACUGAGCCUUGUAGUUAUGCUGAUCUAUAUAGUUACUUACAGCUUCAAAAAAGAAUAAAUUUUUGUAAUGCUUUUUAGAUUGUCCCUUGCACUAUAGAGGAGAUCUAAGAUGGCUUUAAAUUUUCUAAUUGUUUAACAUUUUUAAAAACAAACCCUCAAGGUUGUUUCAUUUUUCUUUCUGUGAAUGAGCUGAGUCUGAUCUGGGAAUUCUAUUUAUUUAUUUUAUAUACAGAUCUUCAGAUGGAUGUUACUUUCCAGGACAAGAAUUUUUGGUCAUUUUACUUUCACAGGUUUAGUAUGAGUUUACAGAUAGUGCUUUUAUAAGGAUUUUUAUUUUGUCAUGUUUUACAUUUUGUCAGCAAGAUGUUGUCUCUAUGCAUUAUAAUCCUGAAUGCCUUUGAAAAACUAAUCCUAGAUACUGAUUGAAAGUUGGAGAUAUUCAGUGUCUGCAAAUGUGUGGGGUUGUUUUUACAUUUUAAAUAAGUUUGUGAAUAAUGUUAAUUUAAUAUUGUGGAUAUUGUAGCACUUUGUCUUAUUAUGUAUUUUCAAUUCCAUGUAAACUAUGUAAUCUAUGUAUUUCAUUUAAUGUGUAAAAGAAAAAAAAUUAUGUAUAGUCUGUUGUGAAAUAAAAUAUAUUAACUUGUUUUUUUAUAA